AUGGAUGUUUCCGAAGAUCUAGCAAGGGAUUACCCUCCAAGACUUUACCCUGAAGGGGCUUCUAUUUUUGAAAACAAAAGCAUUAAUACGAAUAGCCAUUUUUCUGAGAUCCCUCGACUUAGACAAGCAAUUGGAAUAGAUGUGUGGGAUAAUCUGAAGACGUAUCCUGUUGGAUUGAUUGCUAAACUGGCUGAGAGCAAAUUGGUGUGGUCUGGUAAGACCGUACAUUAUCUACUUUGUAGACAGCUGCGAGUCUAUAAGAAGGAGAUUUGGUCUCUCGUUGUUGAUCAACCUCUCAGGUUUAGCUUAAUAGAAUUUGGUGAGAUCACGGGUUUAAACACAAAUCCACUGCCAGAAGAAAGUUUUGAACCUGAUCCAGAGAAUUACAAAGCGUUGUGGGAGUUGUUGAAAGUGCCGCUUGGGUACGGACCCAAGUUUGAUGAACUUAUAGAAGCUUUAACGGAGUGUCCAUUCUGGAGUGCUGAUCAGCGGAAAUGGUAUGGGCUGUUGUUUUUUCAAGCCAUUGGACUUUAUGGCUUGCAUCAUAAUUGUAGAAUACCCUUUGAAAGUGCAAAAAGAGUAUUUGAUGAUGACGCCCUGAUGACUUAUCCUUGGGGUCGGACUGCCUAUGAAUUUCUUGUUGAUUCUAUCAAGUUGUUGCAUCCACAAGGAGGGUCGUACACCCUUAGCGGCUUCAAGGACGUGUUAUUGGUUUGGGCGUAUGAAUCUGUCACAGUGUUCGGAGAGCUUUAUGGCAGAAAAGUGAAUCCAGACGAAAUUCCGCUUUUGCGAUGGGGUGGAAGUCGUACUCGUGCAAGUCUUGCUACUACAAUAGCUAAGGAGAUGAAUGAUCAUGGAACGGUGCGUGUGAGGAAAAUGGUGAUGAAGGAGGGUCUAGAAGAGCUGUUUCCUCAGUGGAAGGAUGAAGCAGAUGACCCACAACUUGAUAACCUAAUUAAAGAUAUACAUGCAGAUAGGUUUGUUAGAGAUUUUUAUGUGCAAUCGAAUGAGAAGAACAAAAAAACGAAGGCUGGAGUUUCGUCAGAGGCUGAGCCACCCUCAAAGAAGCAGAAGAAAGGUAAGAAACAGAAGGAGGUGAAAAUCAAUGAGGGUGAAACUGCUGUUGUAGAGGAGAAGGAGAGUGCAAAGGAGAAGGGUCGUAGCGAAGCGGUUCUGCUGAACAUAGUUGCUCAUCUCGAGAAGUUGGACCGAAAAUUUGACUCGAGAUUAACAGAAUACGACACCAAGUUUGGAGAUUUUUCCCAAGGCCUUUUGGAUACCAUUGGAGAUACAGUGAAAACUACAGUUGAAGAGCGUCUGAGAGUUUUGGGGGUGUCCAAUAGUAGUCAACCUGAAGGUCAACACGUGAUGGUCUCAGAAGACAACCAACAGCCGGAGUCCAAUAGUGGUCAACCUGAUGGUCAAAACGUGAUGGUCUCAGAAGACAACCGACAGCCGGACUCCAAUAGUGGUCAACCUGCAUCUAAGACCCCUAUUGAUAAACAGUCCGAAGACAGCCAACCGCAAAAGACCCCUGAUAAAGGCCAAUCUGAGAAGAAUCUGGCAGAUGAUAUUGCUAAAGCUGAUGCGAAAGGUAUGGGAGCAAAGCUGAAUUCGAAGGUUGUCAGGGAUAAGGCUGCUGGGGUGAAAAAGAACUUGGAUUCGGCGUUUGGUAAUGCCGAUGCAACAAAUGCUGAUUUGGUCUCUGAUUCUCCUGGGAAAUUCCACAUGGAGAAGCUCACGAGGAUAUUGAGUUCUACAGAAUCCUCAUCACUCCAAGACCUUGGCCCAUCAAAGAAUAUGGAUAGCUGGUUCAAAAUAGUCCUCAUUCAAAGGUCCAAACAAGAUCCCAGCCCAUUCUGGUCCAAGCGCGUCGCCUUUAUAGACUCUUGGUUCCUUGAAUCAUGGGUUCACGAUUAUAAGCAGUUCGAAGUCAAACCGGAAAUGGUCAAAUUCAAAGGAAGUGGUUACGAGGGGUUAGCAAACGGUUUGAUCCCCACAGACAUUCAGACAAAGUUGCGGUGGUUUACAGAUGUAGAUCACUUGUACGGAGUGCUUAAUACUGGCGGCAAUCAUUGGGUGGGUUUUCACGCGGAUCUGCAUAAAGAGAAGGUUGAUUGCUAUGAUUCAAUCGUUGGAGAGCAAACACUCGAAAGUGAUCGGAGAAUGCUAAAAUUCUUUGGGCCGCUUACUCGUAUGCUCCCUGCGAUUCUGAAUGCCCUUAUUCCUGAUGAUAUCCGAGUCCAUACCAAGAAAGAUUUUGUAUUCAGACGAAGAACAAAACGUAUUGUUCCACAAAACAACCUGAGAGGCGACUGUGGAGUGUAUUCAUUGAAGUUCGUCGAGUGUCUAGCGCUUGGUGUAGCUUUUGAUGGGAUAUCUGAUGAAAAUAUUCAAGGUCUGAGAAUGAAGAUGGCAGCAGAUGUCUUCAAUGAAGGAAGUUGUUGUAGUUUGGUAGGGUCGUUUGGCGAUGAAUGA